CUCUUUACUCUUUGAUUGUCACUAUAACCCUAUUUCAUAGAGAAUAUGAAAUUAAGUUUUUCAAGAAUGUUGUUCUUCUUGUUAGGCUAUAUCCUAUGUUUCAGCGAUAUAGCGAGUAUCAAUAAUCAUUUUGUGGAUGCAGACACAUUGCAAAAUUUCACUUUCUUUGAAAUGGAAAAACAACUUAAAGUCGUCGACGAACAUGCUGCUAAAUUCAUCAAAACUACACAUGGAGAUACAUAUGAAUGUGUGGAUUUUUACAAACAACCAGCGUUUGACCAUCUCACGAUGAAAAAUCACUUACUCCACUACAAAAUGCACCAUCUAUCAUCCCUUUAUAAUUCAAGAACAAGAAAGAUAAAUGAUAAAAAUUUUGGUUUCUUGUGGGAAAAUGGUGUAGGGUGUCCCAUGGGUACCAUACCCAUACAAAGAGUCACCAAAGACAAACUCUUGAGAUUAAAUUCGUAUUCCAACAAAUUUAAGCCACAUGGUUCUUGGAACUUCACUUAUAAUCAAUAUAUUGUCCAUGGUGACCAACAUCAUUAUGCGGUUGCUCGAACCAAGAGAGGAGAAAAGAAAAGCUAUACUGGAGCAUCAAUGGUUAUUUCUGUACAUGAUCCUGAAGUUAGAUAUCCGCAGUUUAGUUCUGCUCGUAUGCACUUUCAGAUUGGAGAUGAUUUUAUUCAAGUUGGAUGGACUGUAGAUCCGAGUUUAUAUCCUGACAUGCAAACACGAAGUUUUGUUUAUACGAAAGCAGGUAAAAAUGAGUGUUAUAACAGCAUGUGUCCAGCUGGGAUCAUUUUGGUCCGUUCAGAUAUUCCUCUUGGUGUGCUUCGAGGUCCUCCUGGUGUUCGUGGCUCUAAACAAGUAUCAUAUGAUACAUAUGGAUUACUAAAGGAUAAAGCAAAUGGUAAUUGGUGGCUCGAGUUUGGAGGAAUACAAAUUGGGUUUUGGCCAGCAAAUAUAUUUCAACAGAGUUUGGGUAACAGUAUCGAGUGGGGAGGAGAAGUAUAUAGUGCAUCUCUGCCGGGUCCUCGUAUGGGAAAUGGUUAUUUUCCAUUGUUAGAUCCAUAUUACGAUGCACAUGUAUGUAAUAUAACUACAGUUGAUGAGAAUUUUAAUAUUGAUAGGAUGGUAAAAAAUAUAGAGACAUUCUCGGAUAACAAUCGUAGUUAUAAAGUAAACGAGGAUUUAGAUUCAGGAUUACCGGUCGGACAUAUCAUAUAUUUUGGAGGUCCUGGAAAGAUGUGAAAGAAAGAAUAUGAUUUUGUGUAAAAAGUGAAAAAAAUUAUGUUCAUGUAACUGAGCAUCUAAAAUAAAUUGUUCACCUUCUUGUUGAUCAUACAAUAAUAUAUCCUCAGUUCUUCUU